GAAAAUUUUGCUAUGACUGUGAAAACCACAGCGCAGAUGUUACAAGCCUUUGGAACAAACCUGGCGGAGACAGAACUUCCCAACAAUGUCCAGUGCACGGAAGAACUUUUGUGUUCCCACACAGAACAACACACCAACUUGAAGGACGAGCUGAAGCUAGCGGUGAAGCAGGGAGCCAUGCUACUGACUUGUAUCCGGGAACCUGUCUCACGAAGUACCACCAGCAGACUCAGUCCUGAUGAACUAGAAAAUGUGGCAACAGUGGAAAGGUUGCUUGCCCAGUUGGAUGAGACCGAAAGAGCUUUUGAUCAAUUUUGGUCCAAGCAUCACCUAAAAUUAGAGCAGUGUUUGCAGCUUCGACAUUUUGAACAGAAUUUCCGAGAGGUAACUCUUCUGCACGUCUCUUAACCCUUAAAUUUGUUUCCCCCUCCAUUGUUUCCCUCCUUGGAAAUUUGGCAGAUCACUUUUGUUCCUUAUAUAUAUAUUAUUAUUCCCAUCCAAAACCAAAUCUAUAAGAAAGGAAAACAGAUAUUCAACUUAUAAGACACCUGGGCCACUGUCAGCCAGUGAUUCUUGGCAGGAUUUCAGGAUGGGACAACUUGCUCAUCCUUAAAACAUCCAGGCUUUAAUAUCUAAAGUUCAGAUGAUGCUGGAAAGUCAU